CAUGGUCCGACGUACCACACUAUACCACGCCACGAUCCUCCACCAAAACCACGCGCUCCUCCUCCGCCUCCCCCGACUUCGAUUCCUUCCUUCCACAGCUGUUGUGGCAGCGCACGCGGCAACGGCAACGCGUCCCAUCAAUCUCACACCACCGUAACCCCCCAAUCCCCUCGUCUCCUCCUCCUCUUUCCUUCUUCGAUCCCGCACCCUCUCCCCUUCUCUCUCUGUCGCCAUGGCGCGGUUUGGAACCUUCUUGCUCCAGCCUGCUUCGCCGCCGCCUUCCUCUGCGCGCUGAGCGCACGCCAUCUGGCCUACUCCACAAGGAGGAGGAGGAGGUACCGGUGGCGCAGUGGUGCCUCUCUCUUUCUCUCUCAAGAUUUCAAUCCGCAAAGGGCGCCGCGGCGACAUGAGGCUCCGGAUCGUCGGCAAGAAACCCUUCUCCAACAGCAAGGCGGGCGCCGACGGCAGCCGCGCCGUUCCUGUCUCCGCUGCCACAGACGCGGAUGGCGCCGGGGCGCUGAACGUCGCAGGGCCAGAUCGCAACGGCACGGAGAACGGAACACAAGAUGAGUCAUUCUUUGAGGCAAGGCCCUGGUUAGAUUCCGACAGCGAAGAUGAUUUUUACAGCGUGAGAGGAGAUUUCACUCCAUCAAGAGGCAGCACCCCAGAUCAUCAGAGACUAACAUCGUUCAGUGGGCGGAUGCCGGUCGACAGAUCAAAGCCUUCUCUGAUCCAAAAGAAGCAGAGACUUCUUGAGCUUCUCCAGGAGAAGCAGCACUAUGAUGACGAGGAUGACAGAGUCACCGAUGUCGGUAGCGAUUUGGAGAACAGUGCUGUUCAUGCUGAAGAAAACCUGAAACCUUCUUGCAAAAGGGAGAAAGUGAAGAAGUCAUCAAAGCCAGGCUGCUUCCCGAGCUUAAUUUGGAAGCACAAGUGAAGUAGCCUUGUGAUAUCGAAUUAUGAUUUCGUAAAAAAGAAGUUUCUAAGGCCGCAAGGGUGCGGAUACAUAUAUUUUCCUUUUCUUUUCUGAAAUGCCAAAACUAGGACAUGGAAAGGAGGUUUUCAGUGGCGUGUUAUGCUGUAUCAAAAAGUAAAGGAAAGAUAAUAUAGGGUAAGAAUAUACAUGAUUGCUUUCUCUUCUA